AGAUGAAGCUGGCAGCGGAGCUGCGGUGUCACUGCAUCCAGACUGUCACAGGAUUAAUGUUGCCAAAGCACCUGGCCAACGUAGAAAUCAUUCCUAAAGGCCCACACUGCAAUGCUGUGGAAAUCAUAGCAACACUGAAGAACGGCCAGCAAAUCUGUUUAGAUCCCCAGGCCAAAUGGGUGAAGAUGUUAAUUAACAGGAUUCUACACAGACUGUUCAUCUGCAGAAGGAAACUGCUGGGCUCAAUAGGCUGUCACAACACUAGCGGACUCUCGUAUUUUAUGGCAAAAUUCGACAUGGUGCUGAACUGCAGAGGCAUUGAAAGCAGCAUCCUAACCAAACCCAAGCCUUGCACUGGCCAGCUGGAAACACCUGCGCAGAAUAAUGACUGCACAGCCACAGACAGAGUUCAGGCCGUCACCAAAACCAACGACGGCCAUGACGUUCCGGCGGAGCUUUGGCUUCCCGAGCAGUGCGUUCAGGACGACGGGCGCAGGAGGGCUGGGCGCAGGGCGAGCCUCCGGCGUGGGCUGGGUGCCUCCUGGUGGCUAGCUUCCCAGCGGGCACGGCAGCCCGGGCAGGCAAACACCGCCCUUCCUCCUCCUCCUCCUCCUCCUCCUGCAGGCACAGGCUCCCCACGUACGCACAAGGGCCAGGCACAGUGCCGGUUGCUGAUGCGCACCUUCAGGCAGGGGCGGCACGCAGUAACAGCUGCGCCGGCAGACACAGCCCGGAACGCGCCGCUGAAGGGACAGACACCCCGCGGGCCUCAGUCCGCCCUUCUCUCCCCCUCGUCAACAGGCGAGUGGUGUCGGACCAAGGUGCAAACUAUGCGUCCGUUCAACACAUCGGGAACACAUCUCUUUUUCCCUCAGUAUCUCUUCCGGCUCCAGCAAGAGCUGUGA